AUGCAGGGACUAAUAAACAAAGACGAUGACGAUGAUGUUUUGGCAGCAAGAAGGAUUCGCAUUGAUGAUGAUGUACAGAAGAAAUUUAGCGAGAGAAGAUGGGUUUGGGUUCCUAGCGAAAAGGAUUCGUAUGCUGGAGGAUACAUUGUGAAAGAGUCCGAGGGUUAUGUGAAGGUGGAUUGUGGAGGGGUGGUGGUUGAUUGUAGGAGCAAGGAUGUGUUUCGGAUGAAUCCGCCGAAAUUUGACAUGGUUGAGGACCUUGCAGAGCUGAGCUAUUUAAACGAGCCUGGAGUAUUGCAUAAUCUCAAGCGCAGGUACCAGAACGGAAGGAUAUACACAUACUCGGGGCUUUUUCUGCUUGCGAUAAAUCCGUACAGGGAUCUGAGGAUCUAUGGAGAGAGGGAUGUCAAGAAGUACACACUGAGCAAGAAGUACGAGCUUGAGCCACACAUAUUUGCAAUAGCAAACGAGGCAUACAGGCUGAUGGUGUCGAACGGAGAGAACCAGUCGAUUCUGAUUACUGGAGAGUCUGGGGCAGGAAAGACAGAGAAUACCAAGAGGGUUGUUGAGUUUCUUGCAAUGGUUGCAGGAUACAGGGGGAUGGACGUGGGUGUUGAUAGGCAGAUAAUAGAUGCGAAUCCGAUUCUUGAGGCGUUUGGAAAUGCACAGACGGUGAAGAACAACAACUCAAGCAGGUUUGGAAAGUUCAUCAAGAUCAAGUUCAAUGGGGGAAACAUAUGCGGAGCACAUAUUGAAAAGUAUCUUCUUGAGAAGUCUCGGGUGACGGGGCAGAACGGAAACGAAAGGAACUACCAUAUUUUCUAUCAACUGCUUGCAAGCGACGAGGCAAUGAGGAAGCAGCUGUUUCUUGAUGGAGAAGUGGGAGACUACAGGUACCUGAAGGGAUCGAGAUACACGAUUCCGGAUGUUGAUGAUGGGGAGGAAUUCAAGAGGCUUGUGGAAGCAAUGAGUGUUCUGAGAAUCGACAGGGACGAGCAGAUGGGAUACUUCCGGAUUGUGUCUGCGAUUCUUCACCUUGGAAACAUUGAGUUUGGAGAGAAGAAUGGGGUUGCGGAGAUUGUGAAUCUUGAGGUUGCAGAGAAGGCAUGCAGGCUGCUGAGCAUUUCACUUGUUGAGUUUAUCAAGAGAUUGAUCCAUCCGAUGAUUAAGGCGGGCAAUGAGUAUGUGAUGCAUGAAAGGAACAAGGAGCAGGCGGUGAAGAUAGUGGAUGGGCUUGCAAGGAUCCUGUAUGACAAGAUGUUUGAUGGGGUUGUUGAGAGGAUCAACCUGUCUCUUAGUUCAAGACACAAAGGAAGCUUUAUUGGCGUGCUUGAUAUAGCAGGGUUUGAGAUAUUUGAAAAGAACUCGUUUGAGCAGUUCUGCAUCAACUACACUAAUGAGAAGUUGCAGCAGUUUUUCAACCAUCACAUGUUUAUUCUUGAGCAGGAGGUGUAUAGGCAAGAGGAUAUUGAGUGGGACUUUAUUGACUUUGGGCUUGAUCUGCAGCCGACGAUUGAUUUGAUUGAGAAGAGUAAUCCGAUUGGAAUUCUGAGUUAUCUGGACGAAGAGUGUGUGAUGCCGAUGGCAACGGAGAAGACCUUUCUUGGGAAGCUGUCAGGGAGUGUUCGGAACAACAAGUUUGAGGUUGACAAGAUCAGGGAUGUGUUUUUGCUGAACCAUUAUGCAGGCAAUGUUGAGUAUAGUGUUGAGGAGUGGCUGUCGAAGAACAAGGAUCCGCACUCUGAGGCAUUGACAUCGCUGAUACAAACGUCUGAGGACGGAAUGGUGUCUAAGCUGAGCCUGAACGAGACGCAGCUGAAGAAAGGAUUUUUCCGAACUGUUUCGCAGAAGCACAAGGAGCAGCUUGGAUCGUUGAUUCAACAGCUUCAGGGGACGAAUCCUCAUUUUGUAAGGUGUAUUAUUCCGAAUCUUGAGAAGAGCGGAGAGUAUCUGAGCAAUGCACUUGUGCUUGACCAGCUGAGAUGCAACGGGGUUCUUGAGGGCAUAAGGAUUAGUAGGCAAGGGUUUCCGUCGCGGAUGCGAUAUGAAGAGUUUGUGGGCAGGUACAGGAUACUGAUGGAGGGAGCGGAUGGCAAUGAGUAUUUUGAUGGAGGGAUGUGCAUGGAGUAUUUCAGGAAUGGGUGCCGGCGAGUUCUUGAUGGCGUGGGGUUGGGAAGUAACCAGUAUAGGCUUGGGAUAAGCAAGGUUUUUUUCAGGCAAGGGGUUCUUGCAGAUAUUGAGGAUAUGAAGGAGAGCAAGGUUAGUGAGGUGGUGAGAGAAAUGCAAGCGUUGAUAAGGAAGAGGCUUGUGCACAGGAGGUACAACAUGACGCAGAGAAGGAUGCGUGCAGUAGAGGUGAUACAGAGGAAUGCACGUGUAUGCUGUGAUAUUCAGCGGUGGAGCUGGUGGCGGCUGUAUCAGAAGAUCAAGCCGUUGCUUGAUGUGAAGAAGAAGGAUGACGAGAUAAGGGGGAAGGAAGCGGAGGUACAGGAGUGUGUGAGGCAGCUGGAGAUAGAGAAGGCAAGGGGGGAGAAGAUAGAGGAGAGUUUGAGGCGGGAGAUACUGCGAAGGGAGGAGAUGGAGAAGAGUGUUGAGGAGGAGAAGAGAUAUUCUGCGGAGAAAGAAGAGCUAUUGAUGGCGUUGAGAGGAAGGAUUGAAGAGCUAGAGAAUGAAGAAGCGGAGCUCAAGGAGAUUGGUUUGAAGGCGAGACAGGAAGCAGAGGAGAACAAGAGGAGAGUGCAAGAAUGCAAGAAUGAGUAUGAAAAGCUGUAUAGGAAGAGUAACGAAGACAAAGAGGAGAUACGGAAGUAUAAGAGCGAAGUAGUAAGGCAGAUGGAAGUGAUAAGUGAGCAGGAGAGGAGAAUGAUGGAGAUGCGAGAGGAGUUGAUCAGCAAAUCGAGUGAGAAUGAUGCAAGGGUGGAGAGGAUGCUGAAUGAGGAGGCAGAAGAGAUUUUGAGGUUAGGCAGGAUGAUGAAAGAGAAAGAGGAAGAGAUUGAGCAGGUACGAAGAGAGCAGCGAAUGGCGUCAAUGGGAGAAGAAGAAGCAAGGAGGGAGAAGAAAGCGAUUGAGGAGGAGAAUGGAGAGCUUCGAGUUGGAUGUGCGAAUGGAUUGAGAUGGAGGGAUGAGCUGAUGAGUAUGAGGAAGGAGUAUGAGAUGAUGCAAAGGAAGCUUAAGGACGAGGUUGAGGAUGUGCAGCUAGAGAAUGAGCGAUUGGAGGAAGAGCUGCGGAAGGAGAUGAAGAGGGUUGAGGAGAUGAAGAGCAUGAGGAAGAAGGCUGUGGAAGAGCUUGAGUAUGAGAGGAGUAGGGGAGAUAAGCUUGAGAGGGUGUAUCAGGAGGAAAAGAAGCUGCAUGAAGAGGCGGCGGAGCAGCUGCAGAGGGAGAAGGUGUUUAAGGAUGCAACGCAAGAGUCGUUGCUGGAGAAGAUCAAAGGGCUUAAGAAGAGUAUGAAGGAGAUGAGUGAGAGGCUGAAAGGAGAGGAGAUGAUGAGCAAGCAGCUUGUGGCGGAGAAGGAAGAAGUGUGUGAGGAGAUAAGGAUGUUGCAGCAAUCGAAGCUGGAUGAGAUAUUUGAUCGUGAGGCAGGAUUCAACAGUGUGAGAAAGGGGUUGCAGAUGGAGAUACAAAGGCUUGAGAGGGAGAAUCAGAAGCUGAGUAUGGAUUUGAUGGAGAUGAAGGCAAUGAAUGAUGUGAGCGAGGAGAGUGUGUCUGGAGCCGAAAAGAUGUAUGCUAUGCUUGAGGAGGAGAGGAAGAAGAGGAAGGAUGUUGAGUAUCAGGUGUCUGAGCAAGAGAGCAAGAAUGUGUUGCUGAGCAGUGAAGUGGAGAUGCUGAAGGAGAUGAUUGAGAUAGAGAAGCGAGGGAGAGAAGAGAUGAUGAAGGAGCAGGAGAAGGAUUUGUCUUUGUGCAGGAGUGUUAAGCAAGCAAGGAAGGAGAUUGAUGAGUUGAGUAGCGAGUUGAGUGUGAUAGUUGAUUGGUUUAAUGUACAGUAUGUGAAUGUUUUGAAUGGAUAUAAGGAAGAGGUUAGGAGGAUGGAGAGAGAGGCUGCUGAGAAUGAGAUGGAGAAAGAGAAGAUGAAGAUGGAAGCGGCAGCAAUUGAGGAGAAGAAUGCAGAGAUGAAGAAGCAGAUGCAAGAGCAUGAGGCAAGGAUUGAAGAGAAGAGUAGGAUGUGUGAUGCAGCAAUGAAUGAAGUGGCGAUGCAGAAAGAAAAGUGCAGGAUGAUGGAGGAGAGCAUAUGGGAGAAGGAAGAGGAAGUUAAGAGAUAUAAUGAGAAGUUUGAUGAGUGGAAUUUGCUGUUUGAAGGGUUGGUGAGCAAAGUAGAGGAUGAAGUGAAGGCUAUGGAGAAUGCAGAUGAGGAAAGAAGAAAGAUGGCCGAGGAGAUGAAGCGAUGGAAUGAGGAGGGAAGGAAGUGUGUGAGUGUGCUUGAGGAAAGGUAUGCUAAGGAGAUGAUGGCGAGAGUGAAGGAUGUGAUUGAUGAGGAGCGAGUGAAGAUGGAAUGCUUAGAAGAGAAGCAUUUGAAGCUUUGGAAGAGAUAUGAGGAGAUGGAAGAGAGGCAGCAGGGUCUAGUUGAAAAGCAUGCGAUGGAUGCGUUGAGGAUUGAAAGGCUGGAAGCAGAGGUGUGUGUUUAUAAGGAGAAUGAGAUGCGAAAUGUGGGACUGAUUGGUAUUUAUGAGUCCGAGAUAAAUGCAUUGAAGCGAUGCACGCGAUUUAAGGAAGAAGUGCUUAUGGGAUAUGCAGGAGGAAUGAGUGGGAGUGUUGUUUAUGUGAAUGACAAAGAGAAGUAUCGUGUGCAGGAGCGUAAAAGGAUUGAUGCGGAGCAGGAGAUGCAGAAGAUGUGUGAGGAAAGGCAAGCGCAGAUGGUUGUGAAUAAAAGGUUGCGAGAAGAGGUUGAAAGGUUGAGAGGCGAGGUUGAAGCGAGCAGGAUGCAGUCACUAGAGAUGAAGAAGAGGCAGGGAGUGCAGAUGCUAACGAUAAGCCGUCUUAGCAAGGAGCUUGAUGAGGAAAGGGAGAUGGCGAAGCUGCUCAGGUCACUGAAGUGUGUAUCGAAGAAGGCCAGGGGAUGA